CAUGACUGAAGACACUUUUCUUAUUGGCGCAGGUAGUUGUAGUGGUAGUUGGCCUAAUAUCCCUACACAUCAUAGCACUGCAAUUCCUGUUGUUUGGUGAGAACGCUUGAGUACCAACUUCUGCUCUACCUUAAGUUUAAUAUGACAGUGCACUAGUUUCAGUAUCAGGGUAGUGUGAUUCACAAGAACGAUAUUAUCAUGGACAAAGACCACCAUCAUCCAGACGCCGCCAGCGGCGGCGCUGCGCUCCCGAUGGAAAACAGUUCGAUGGACUUGAUCAGCCAUGAAGAUGUCGAUUUCGAUUUGACAGCACCAUCGGGAGCAGGCACGACGAAGACCGAAAACGAUAAAGCCACGACUGCGGCGCUUGCCAGCACGACAGCAGAGAACAACAAGCACAUGAACUUCGCUUCUGCUGCCUCCGCGCCUUCGCAACCGAUUGUCCGGCGCCAGUACGAGGACCCAGGAAUUACAACUACCAACCUUACUCGCACUCAUUCUCAAGAAUCGGUCGUUGUUCCCCCGAUCUCGGAGACCGCCGAGCGGCAAGCGGCGCAGGAUCUGGUGUUCAGCAUGCGACUCGCGCUGCGCCAGUUGCUGGCCCGGAUUAUGGACGUGCAGUUAGGCUUGGUGAGGUUAGACGGUAGGAUAUCCGAUAUCAACUCCACGAUAGAUCCAAAUCAAAUUAUGCUCAAAGUGGACGAGACACUGACCACAACCGAGGAAGCGGGCAAUAAGGUGGAAGAGACCAGCGCGCGCGUGUUGAAGUUGGAGAAAGAUCUGGUUGCUGCGCAGCAAAUCCAGAACAACAGCGAGAUGCUCAGGGCUGUGUUGGAGAGGAUAGAGGGCAAGUUGAAACAGGUGGGGGAGGAAGUGAGAGAUCAAUCCGAAAAGGUAGCUCGUGUAGAGGAAAGGCAAAAGGAAAUGACGUGUAAGUGUGUGAUUAUGUGAGAUUGAAGCUGUAGAAGGAUGUUGGAGAAAAAAAACAAAGUUGUAUUCAUG